AUGGGGUCGAUGGGAAGACAAACCAGACUUCCGCCCGUCCUCGACUUCUCUGCUUUCCGAGGAGAAGAUGGGCCAGCGAAAGCCGAGUUUCUGCAAAGACUCGGGCAAGCGUGUCGAGACAAAGGAUUCUUCCAACUGAUCAACCAUGGCGUCGAGCCUGAGCUGCAACAAAAGAUCUUCGCUGCGGCCAAAGAGCUCUUCGACCUCCCCAUGGAAGAAAAGCUGAAAGCGAGACUGACGCCCGCGACCAAGGGGCGAGGCUACGAAACGAUCGGAGACCAAAUGCUAGAACCGGGCUCAGCACCCGACACCAAAGAAGGCAUCUAUCUAGGCGACGACCUUCCCGCCGACGACCCGCGCGUCUUGAAGGGCGAGUACGGCUGUGGUUCCAACAUCUACCCGGCGUGCCUGGGGCCGCAAUGGCACGCCACCUGCAUAGAAUACUUGCAAACCCUGAAAACCCUGGCCCGAGACGUGAUGCGCGCUCUCGCCGCCGCACUCGCCAUCGGCGACGACUAUUUCGACCAAUUCACCGAAACCGACCCUGUCGCGACGCUCCGGUUGAUCCACUACCCGCCCACGCCCACGACGUCGGACAAGGAGCGUGGCUGUGGCGCCCAUCGCGACUUCGGCUGCAUCACCCUGCUUCUGCAAGACCAGGUGGGCGGCCUUCAGGUCCAGGACGAAGAGACGGGCGAGUUUCUCGACAUCGACCCCGUCCCGGGUGCGUACGUGGUCAAUCUGGGAAACCUGAUGGCCCGCUGGACCAACCACCAUUACACGUCCAACACGCACCGCGUGCUGAAUUACUCGCCAACCGACCGCUACUCGAUUCCUUUCUUCUACAGCGGCAAUGCCAACCACGUGUUGGAUACCAUUCCGGGCUUGGAGCAGAGGCCGCAGUCUGUCGUGGCGAGAAAAUACGGUCCAGCCAUCCCCCGGGAGCCUUACGGCCCGGUUUCCGUCACCGACUUCUUACGCGACCAGUUUGUUCGGUCAUACGCGCGGGCCCAAGAAUACAGACCAAAGGCGGUUGAGGUCUAG